GGCGCGGUGGGGGUGGAGGGCGAAGGAACGAGAGAGGGAGGGAGGGAGGCGCUCAGCCUCCGGCGCUUCCUCGGCUCCCGUUAGCAGACAGCGCUUAAGCUCGGGCUUGCGAAGGCGGCGGUUCUGCGGCUGUGCGAUGUCGGAAUUGCGAACAGCGGGACCCGGCCCAGGGAUGACGCCUGGCGGACCAGGGACCCCCAUAACCACCGGCCCAGGAGGAACCUGCGGACCUGGCCCCGUGACCCCGCUGCCAUCGCCGGGGCCAAGUGCCGGAAAAGGUGACGCCGGAGGAGGGACACUGGGCCCUGGGGGACCGGCCCCUGGGGGGGUGACGAGCGCUCCAGGGGGGAGCUCUUCUUCCGCUUCCGGGUCAACGAGCUCAACUUCCGGGGCAGCUCGGGAAGGCUGGCUUUUCAAAUGGACCAAUUACAUCAAAGGGUAUCAGCGGCGAUGGUUCGUGCUGAGCAAUGGGCUUCUCAGCUACUACAGAUCCAAAGCAGAGAUGCGACACACCUGCCGUGGAACCAUCAACUUGGCCACAGCAAACAUCACUGUGGAGGACUCCUGUAAUUUCAUUAUUUCCAACGGAGGGGCACAGACCUACCACUUGAAGGCUAGCUCAGAGGUUGAGCGGCAGCGCUGGGUCACAGCUCUGGAGCUGGCCAAAGCAAAAGCAGUUAAAAUGCUGGCAGAAUCAGAUGAGUCAGGUGAUGAAGAAUCUGUAUCCCAAACUGACAAGACAGAACUACAGAAUACUUUGCGCACCCUCUCCAGCAAGGUGGAGGAUCUCAGCACAUGUAACGAUCUGAUUGCCAAACAUGGAACAGCUCUUCAGCGCUCGCUCAGUGAACUGGAGACUCUGAAGUUACCUGCUGAGAGCAAUGAGAAGAUCAAACAAAUCAACGAACGUGCCACGCUCUUCCGCAUCACUUCCAAUGCCAUGAUUAAUGCUUGUCGAGACUUCCUAAUGCUGGCCCAGACACACAGCAAGAAAUGGCAGAAAUCUCUACAGUAUGAGCGUGACCAGCGUAUCCGGUUGGAGGAGACCCUAGAACAGCUGGCUAAGCAACACAAUCACCUGGAAAGAGCUUUCCGUGGAGCUACAGUCCUACCCGCCAAUGCACCUGGCAACAUGGAUUCCUCGAAAGAUCAGUGUUGCUCGUCAAAGGGUGAUAUGAGCGAUGAAGAUGAUGAUAAUGAGUUCUUCGAUGCUCCCGAGAUCAUCACCAUGCCCGAAAGCAUGGGACACAAACGAACAGGCAGCAACAUCAGUGGCGCCAGCAGUGACAUCAGUCUUGACGAGCAGUACAAACAUCAGGGAGAGGAUACUAAGAAGGAGAAGAGAACUCGGAUUCCACACAAACCAAAUUACAGCCUAAAUUUAUGGAGCAUCAUGAAGAAUUGCAUUGGCAAGGAACUCUCCAAGAUCCCCAUGCCGGUUAAUUUCAACGAGCCAUUAUCCAUGCUGCAGCGUCUCACAGAAGACUUGGAAUACCACAAUUUGUUGGACCGGGCUGCCAAAUGUGAGAACUCCUUGGAGCAGCUCUGCUACGUGGCAGCUUUUACUGUAUCGUCCUACUCCACAACUGUCUUCCGCACUAGCAAGCCAUUCAACCCUCUCUUAGGAGAAACGUUUGAGCUAGACCGAUUAGAAGAAAAUGGCUAUCGUUCCAUCUGUGAACAGGUGAGCCACCAUCCUCCAGCUGCUGCUCAUCAUGCUGAUUCCAGACAUGGUUGGACCCUUCGGCAGGAGAUUAAAAUCACCAGCAAGUUCCGUGGCAAAUACCUCUCAAUCAUGCCACUUGGUACCAUCCAUUGUAUCUUCCAUGCAACUGGCAAUCAUUAUACAUGGAAAAAAGUCACCACCACAGUACACAACAUCAUUGUGGGCAAAUUAUGGAUUGACCAGUCUGGUGAAAUUGAGAUUCUCAACCAUAAAACGAAUGAGAGAUGUAUUCUCAAAUUUGUCCCUUAUAGUUACUUCUCCAGAGAUGUGGCAAGAAAGGUCACUGGAGAGGUAUUGGAUCCUUCAGGAAAAGUGCAUUUUAUGUUGUUGGGCACUUGGGAUGAGAAGAUUGACUGCUUCAAGGUGAAUCCUAGCUUGGAGAAUGGUGGUGAUAGCCGUCUAAGAACACAUGAAACAGAGGACAGCAGGGUGGUGUUAUGGAAGAGGAACCCACUCCCGAAGAAUGCAGAGAACAUGUAUUAUUUCUCAGAGUUGGCUUUGACACUCAAUGCCCCAGAAAGUGGUACUGCUCCCACUGACAGCAGACUUCGGCCUGACCAAAGACUCAUGGAGAAUGGGCGCUGGGAUGAGGCCAAUGCAGAGAAGCAGCGCUUAGAGGAGAAGCAGCGCCUUUCCCGUAAAAAACGUGAAGCUGAAGCCAUGAGGGCGACAGAGGAUGGAACCCCGUACGAUCCCUACAAGGCAUUGUGGUUUGAGCGGAAGAAGGAUCCUGACACCAAGGAGGUGUCCCAUGUGUACAGGGGAGGCUACUGGGAAAGCAAAGAGAAACAGGACUGGAACGUGUGCCCUGAUAUCUUCUGAGCUGGAAGCAGCAGGUCUCUUCCCAGGAAGAGGUAGUGGACGAAGAGUGGAGGGAAGCAGCUGAUCAUGGGACUUCUUGGCUCGUGCUUUUCUCACUGACUUGUCUGUCUUAAUCAAUUGUUUUGACUCAAUCACCCAAACCAGAAUCCAGCAGUGGUGAUUGGCUGGAUUGCCUUAGCUGAACGAAGCUGAAGUUGGUGUGUGGAUUCCUGGAUGGCUAGGGAAAAAUAGGCAUAGAGGACUGCAUCUUCCACUUCCCUGCUCACACCACUUACACAGGUAGUUUGGGGAGGAAGAAGAGAACGUCUGGAUUGACACCUGCCCUCUUCUCCAGAUUUCUGGUGCUGUAUCAAUUAUACCCCUUUUCAACUUUCAUAAGGCAAAGGCAAGCAGCAAGACCAAGACUCUUUGUUUGCCCAGAGGUGGUUGGAAAGGAACAGGAAGACCUAUCAUUUUGACCAGAGGGGUUUGCUUCUUGUUUUUUCUCCCCUAACCCUGUAUAGCAUCCUUAGGACAAGGAAGACUUCCUAACCAUAUUGAAUAGAGGGAAAAGAUGGAAACCAAAGCUGUUGUGUCUCUCAGUUCACAUAGAUAGGAAAGUGAUUAGCUGUAUCUUCAAAGAGUUCAACUUUUCUUUGAGGAUCACUAGCUGAUCACUUGGUGUUGCAAAAUCAAAGAUGCAGUUUUCCCUUUUCAGGUCUACUCUCCACACCAGGCCCAAGCACCUUCUCCCAAAUUGUGCACUUGGAUGGGCAAUGAUGCAAGAUAGAAGCCUCCCUGUUCUAAAGCAACUUCUGGCUUAAUGCACAUCUGUUUAUAUGUAUAUUAUAUAUAUGUAGAGAGAGAUCUAAUUUUUGUUCUGAUUUCUGUUCCUUUUAUUCCUUAGACCCCUAUUUGGUAACACUAGCCUCUGCUGCUUUCUUCCACUGGGCCCCAGAUCCAUGAAAAUGCCAUACAGGAACCAUUACCUAAGAACAGAUUGUCUUGCUUUUAAAAUAACGGAUAAUUCAACAUAGGCAGAGUUGGAGCUUAGUGGCGUCACUCCUAAAGCUCCUGACUCUCUGCCAGUUCAAGCCAGGAAUUCAUUGAUUCUUUUGUAAAAUGAGGAGACUGGGAACAGCCCAAACUGGUCUGGGCCGUUUGGUCACAGCUGCCAUAACCAGAUCCUAAGAGUGAAAAGCUGUUGCCACUGAGCAGAAGUGGCAAAGCGUAAAGAGCCUACCCAGGCGAGGUGUACAUGUGGGUGGGGAUGGGGGCGGGGGCAAAGACAGCCCUGCCCUUGGCUAAAGAUCACACUUUGAGGUGCCUUCCUUUUGUGUUUUCGCUCCUUGUUUUGUUUUGUUUUGUUUUAAACAACCCCUCCCCUCCCUACUUUUCAACUUUAGCCCGUAAGGAAGAAGAGGCAACAGUGGUGCUUGCUGGUUGGGAGAAAUGAGGCAACCCAACAAGUAUGCUGCUCAGCAGAAGUAAAUUGGGUCUUGGAUGCAGUGUGUACACUGUGGCUUGGUCCCUAUUGGAAGCCUUUUUUUCUGCAGCAGGCGAAGGCCAGGGCCUCCCUUAGUGGGGUAAUGGUGGGCUUUUUAUUAAAAAAAAAAAAAAAA